CGAGCGGACUGUGAACGCAGCACCAUUAUCCACGGCAGCCGAUUCAACAGUAAGUCGUCCAUCAUCUAAUUACAGUCAAGCAGCAUAAGAAAGAAGUAACAAUGAAUGUCACUCAUGAAAUAAGCUUGCUGGUGGAGGAGAUUAAGCGACUCGGCAGUAAAAAUGCUGACGGUCAAACCAGCGUGAAGUUUGGGGUCUUAUUUAAAGACGACCGUUGUGCCAACAUCUUUGAGGCGUUGGUGGGCACCCUGAAGGCAGCCAAGAAGAAGAAUGUGGUCACCUUCCAGGGCGAGUUGCUUCUUCAAGGCGUCCACGAUGACGUCGACGUUGUCCUGCUCCAAGAAUGAGGCCAAAGUUCGGACCAGAUGGGCCUCUAGCGACUGUGGGUCAUACUGAGUCCUUCCAAAAAAUACUGAGCUUCUGCAGUGUACCGGCUUGUCACUGAGCUUCUGUUUUCAGUUCUCUUCAUACAUGUACAAGGCUCGGUAUUUGAAUUCAAACACACUGACCAAACAGAUUAGAUAGAACAGUACACGUACCAGACCCGGCAUGUCUGCAUAGGAUUUCAUUUGAUUUCACCACGUCAAAUGGAAUCUCAAAAAAAGGCAUUUGAGAAAACAACACACAUUCAUAGUUUUAGAUAACGAGAGAAAGUUUUGUCUUUCUCAGGUGCUGCUGUUUUAUCAACCACGGGUCUGACAUGUCAUUUUUGAUACACUUUUAAGACUAUAAACGCACAAAUCAGGAAUGCAAUAAUUUGCGUAAAGCAUUCAUUUGGGUUCUUUUUUUUUUUCUUAAUUUCUGGAAAAAACGUACAGUAUGGGGUUACUAUCACAACCGAAUGCCUCUCCUGAUGGUAUCAGUGUCGGGAUAAAGGACACACAGAACAAGAUACUGGCUCGAAUUUAUUAACUCUGACAAACUUUGUCUUCACAUUUUUAAUUGGAGCACUCUGACAAAGUUUAUAAUGGAUACUUGUUUAAAGCUGCACUAGAUAAAUUCAAUGGGAGUUUUAAAUGUGUUUGAGUAUUUUAAUCUAGUGUAGCUUUAAGACAACAGGUAGUGUGUUUCCACCAACAGUGUCACCAAAUGGCAGUUCCAUUUACUGUUUACAUAAGCCAUUUAUACUACCUCUUGUGGACUUUGUAAAAAGACAUUAUCAGACCAGUGCUUUUGGAAAUCUAAGAACAAUUCCUUCAUAGAAACUACAAAUACAAGUGCAUUGAAAGAAUGACUUUUGCACCUUUUUGUACUCAUUGCAAUCUGCUAGAGUAGUUUUUAUUCCAUCUUUUUAUAAGUGGUCUACGAAUGAAUUUUCUCUGCUAAACAAACUCCAAAACUUGCCUUUUCGUAAGAAAUAGCUGAUGAGCAAAUGGCGAAUGUAUUUCUCGUGCAAUUUUUAUUAGUGUAUAAUUACAGGGUGAUUGGUGCCAAAUGCAAAAGAUGAAUUUGUUAUGUUCCUCAGGACCAAAUCGAUACAACCAAAUGUUUAAUAAUUGUCCUGUUGCUUAAAUUAGGUGUCUUACUUGUGACACAAGAUGUGCAUUUAUAGUUUUAUUAGUUAAAUGUUUUUAUUUUACCACUCUUUGCUCCGUACUGUAGGUCAGAUGAUACUUGCAGAUUAGGUGUGACCAUUUUGCUUCGUUUCCCACCAUGAAAACUAAUUUGUUGUGUCUGAGUUCAUUUUUGCUCAUAUCACUGACAAGGACUUCUGGCCUGUAUGGAGGCCCAAAGUGGUCGAAAUUAAAUAAUUUAAUAAUAAUAAUUAAUCAUAUGAACAAAUACAGACAAAAUAUAUUUUUUAAUUUAAUUCCAGCUGUUUUUAUUUUAAAAUGCCAUUUUCUAAAUGAUGAUUUUGUUUGUUUUAAAAUGCCACUGUUCAUCAGAAUUUGGCAUGGUGGAAACAGCUAUUGAUUUGUUGUUCACCCAUUCAGACCAAAGCCAAUUUUAAGAUAGAAACUGCUGUAAUAAAACAAAAAAAUUAAAUAAUGUGUUAUUGUGAAAAGACACAGAAUCAACAUUUCACAAACAGCAGCUGAGUUUUAAACACUUACUGGAUUAUUUAACAUUUACAUUUAAUAUUUUGUCUAUAUUUAUUCAUAUGAUUUAUUUCAAAAAUAUUUGAUCAUAUAAGUUUGACCACUUUGGGUCUCCUUUGUGGGUAUUUGGAUGUGAGAAGAAAGAUUUUGCCUGAAUGUAACAUCUACUUGGCAGCUCUUGCGCUCAUCUGCAUAAUAUCAAGAUUUAUCUAUCAACUGUGUGUGAGCCACGCCUCAUCUGCAAGUCUUAUGGGACCCAUUUCAUAUUCACUGCUGUUGUAUCAACCUCGCUAGGUCUUUUAGUUUCAGGUGUUGACUGUUUGACUUGAAUUAUAGGAUUUUUCAUAGGAGACCAUCCGCUUGUUUCGUGAUCUCUACACAGCGUUGGUGGCAUAUCAGGACAACCGAAAGAGCUUAAUCAUAUUCUAAUUAUUAAUAAAACUGCAAUGUAGCCUAGGAAAGAUCAGUAAUGUGACAUGUAAUCAUCAGAAUACAAACAAUAGGCUGAGUAGAAGUGAGAAAAGUUGUGGAAAUGAUGGGAGAGUGAGAGAGUGAGGAAGAAACAUGCUGCUUGCAUCGCUGUCAUUUUAGAUUAUCCUGCUGUUGUCGCACUGGAGUGACUUCCUCCUGAACAUAAAUGCAUAUAUAAGUCAACAUUUAGCAAGAGGAGAAGGUUGGCAAUACCUCGAGCCAUUUCUGUGAACUAGUGGGAUGCCUGCAUGAUGUGUUCGAGUGUGUCAUUAUUGUCUUUUUGUAUUGGCAAUAACACAUUCCUAAAGGAACAGAGGUGUCUGUUACUGUGGGAUUCACUCUGAGAAAUAAAAUCUUUACACUUGAAGCCUUGAA